AGUCCAGCGUGAUUUAAAGUCGAGAAAGCCGCCUAGAGAAACCCAUCUCUUUCUUUCCCCCUCCUUAUAUUCCACUGGAAUAUUUGACUUCCAAUUUCCAACCACCAGACAAACGAUUCAUCUGAAAAGGCCUCUGAAUACCACUGCGACUAUGUCCGGGGCUCUCAAAAAGUUUGGCGACAAAGUCGUCAAUGACCCAAAACAAGUGGCGAAGCUUUUCAAGGAAGCAGCCCCGGGCACUCGACUUCUCCCAUCACGAACGCCUAAGAAUGAUGCAGAAUAUCAGUGUCGUGUUGACGUGGGCGAAGAAAUAAAAGACAAGCCAGGUUACUACAACGUUUACCUCCAGGUCAAUAGCCAGGCACAGAGCGAUGGCCUCCAGGACUGGCUGAAGAAGAAUCCUCAUGGAAAUCUUGCAGCGGCACAAAUCAAUCGAAAGGCUAAAGACGAAGAGCGACCAGAAGAAGGCAAGCGAGUCAUGGCGGAGUUGAUUGCACAGGCAAAAAAAAAUCUCUGAUCUU